AUGAGCCAGCCUCACUGGAGGAGGGUCCCCUGGGUGCUCCUGAGCUGCUUGUGUUCCUGCCUCCUUUGGCCUGUGAUCCUGGGCCCCAUCACCUCUACUCAGGAAUCAGUUUCACUUUCUCAGAAUAUUACCUCACCACCCUCCACAUCCCCUCCGCCACUUAGCACCUCUACAUCCAGUGCUUCCACAGGCUCCCGCUCAACAGCUCCACCAUCACGAGGAAUUCCUCUCUUCCCCUACGGUUCAAGCGCUGGAGACCUGCAGUUGUUUGUCAGGGGUGUGGACAUUACCUCGAGGCUCCUCAAGCUCCAGAUCGGCUUCCCAUUUGGCUCCUCCCUGCGGGAUUCCCUCUAUUUCACAGAUAAUGGCCAGAUCAUUUUCCCAGAGUCAGACUACCAUAUUUUCUCCUACUCCAACCCACCCUCACGAGGCUUUACAAGAUGGGACACAGUGGCCAUGGUGGCUCCAUUCUGGGAUGAUGCUGAUUUUUCCACCCACAGAGGGAUCAUCUUUUACCAGGAAUAUGAGACACUCUAUGGCGAAUAUGACUCACUAGUUAGGCAGGUGGAAACUUGGGUUAGACAGUUGACAAAUUCCUGGGACUAUAAUGCCAAAUGGACCAUAAAGAUUACAUGGGUCACAGUACCUGCCUAUCCUGCCCAGUGGACCUUUGGGACCAACACCUACCAGGCCAUCCUCACCACAGAUGGCAGCAGGUCCUACGCCCUGUUUCUCUACCAGAGAGGCGGGAUGCAGUGGGAUGUGACGCACCGCCAGCGCAGCUCAGUUGUCAUGGGCUUUACCAGUGGAGAUGGGUAUUUUGAAAACAGCCCGCUGAUGUCCCAGCCAGUAUGGAAGAAGUACCGUCCAGACCAAUUCCUGGAUCCCAGAUCAGGUUUCCAGGGGCUGCAGGUUUAUAGGCUCCACAGGGAAGAAAGGCCCAACUUCCGGCUCAAGUGCCUGCAGUGGUUAAAGAGCCAGCCUCAAUGGCCCAGCUGGGGCUGGAGCCACAUCUCCUGCCCUUGCUCCUGGCAGCAGGGACAGUGGGACUUACGAUACCAGCCUGUCCGCACAGGUUGGUGGGAUCCCAACAGCAGGAAGCUGUGCAGUUUCUCCUCUUUGCAAGGGGGCGUGUGCUGCAGCUACGGGCCCUGGGGAGAGUUCCGAGAAGGCUGGAGUGUGCAGAGUCGUUGGCACUUUGACCAAGAGCUGGAGUCACAGAACUGGUGCUGCCGCUGGAACGACAGGCCUUUCCUCUGUGACCUGUACCGGCAAAGGAGGCCCCGCAUCAGCUGUGUGUGGUACAGACCUCCACGACCCGCCUGGACACUUGGGGACCCCCACUUUGUCACCUUCGAUGAUGUCAAUUAUACCUUCAACGGGCUGGGGGACUUCCUGCUAACCCGGGCCUGGAAUGGAAACUCCUCCUUCCUGCUGCAGGGCCGCACCGCCCAGACCUCCUCAGCCAAAGCCACCAACUUCAUUGCCUUUGCUGCACAGUACAACUCCAGCACUGUGGGCCCCAUCACGGUUCAGUGGCUCCUUGAUGUCAAUAACACAAUUAAUGUUCUACACAAUCACCAUCAUGUGUCCUUUGAGGCCAACCAUGUAGACGCAGAAGGCCUGCAGAUAUUCAACGCCACUGGCCUCCUAUUGACCCGCAAUGACUCCCAGGUCUCAGCCAGCUUUGAUGGGACAGUGACCAUCACAGUGGUUGCUCUCUCCAACAUCCUCCAUGUCUCCUCCAGCCUCCCAGAGGAGUACCAAAACCACACAGAGGGCCUCCUGGGGGUCUGGAACAACAAUCCGGAAGAUGACUUCAGGAUGCCCAAUGGCUCCACCAUCCCUAGAAACAGUUCUGAGGAGAUGCUUUAUCACUAUGGAAUGACCUGGCAAAUCAAUGGAACAGGCCUCCUCGGGAAGAGGAAUGAUUCUCUGCCUUCCAAUUUCACUCCUGAAUUUUUGUUCCAACUAACAAAGAGAAACAACAUGUCUCUGGUCUCUGAGUGUAAUGGAAAUAUACCAUGCACCUAUGACAUCCUGGCCACAGGAAAUAGAGACACUGGACGUCAAACCAUGAUGGUCUUUGAGAAAUACCAGUGGAUGAACACCAGCCUCAAUCAGAACCCACCUUUAAUCUACGGCCCCGAAGUGAUUAUAGCCUACAAGGGAAAAACCAAGGAGAUUCACUUCUUCGGGAGCUCUGAGAACAUCACAUUCACCCUCAGAGACAAUUGUAGUGACUUUACGCUCUUUGAGAAUGGAAAUUUUCUGUGGAAACCAACAUCCCUGAGACCAUGUUCUGUGGAGAUUCUAGCAAGAGACAAAAGAACUGGUUUGUCAUCUGUACUCCAGCCCAAGGCUGUGGUCUGCUUCUGCAAUGCAGAGAGACAGUGCUUGUUCAAUCAGACCAAGUGGGUGAACAGUUCCUCUCUCGAGGAGGCCAGCUGUCAGUGUGACGGGGACCGAUUUGGCCAGUACUGUGAACGCAAGAAGGACCCCUGUGACCAGGAGUGUUUCCCAAACGUGAGCUGCAUUCGCGGGAAGGGCUGUGAGGCCUGCCCACCCAACAUGACGGGGGACGGGCGUCACUGUGCAGCUCUGGAGGAGCUCUACCACUGUGCGAACCACUCCUGCCCUGUGAAUUUCUGCUAUAAUCAAGGCCACUGCUACAUCUCCCGGCCUCCGGACUGCCAGCCCACUUGUACCUGUCUCCCAGCCUUCACGGACACACGGUGCUUACUAGCAGGGAACAAUUUCACUCCAGCCAUUUAUGGAGAUCUGCCCUUAAGAGUCAUCCGCCUCAUGCUGAAAGAGGAAGAAAACGCCUCCGUGGCCGAUGUCAACGCCUCGGUGGCAUAUAGACUAGAGACCCUGGACGUGCGGGCCUUUCUCCGGAAUAGCCAAGUGCAACCACUCUCUCAUUCAACACUGGCCCCAGGACGCAUAGUUCAACAGUGGUUAGUCAUCUCCGAAUUCCAGUACCGUCCUAGGGGCCCCAUCAUCCACUUUCUGAACAACCAGCUUCGGGAGGCCAUAGUGGAGGUGUUCCUCCAGGCUCCGAGAGGGAGGCAGAAGAGAAGCGUGGAGCCCAAGAACAAUGUGGUGUUCUACCCCAUCUCAGAGGGAGAUGUGCGCGAUGAAAAAGCUGUCAACCUGAGCACACUGGAGACUUACUUCAAAUGUGACGGCUACAAGGGCUACCGCCUGGCCUACGACCCCCAGAGUGGCUUCACCUGCGUGUCCCCGUGUAGUGGGAACUACUGUCACCAUGGAGGCCAGUGCCAUCACCUGCCGGAUGGGCCCCGCUGCAGCUGUUCGUCCUUCUCCAUCUACACGCCCUGGGGCGAGCGCUGCGAGCGUCUCAGCGUGAAGCUUGGCGCGUUCCUCGGGAUCCUCUUAGGGGCCCUGGGCGCCCUCCUGCUGCUGGGGGUCGGGGCGUCUGUGGGCCUGCGCUUGUGGGGCCGCUUCCCGGUCAGGAACUCGUACCUGCUCCCCGAGUCCUGA